GUAAAUAAUAACAAAUUAUGGAGAAAAGUGACACAGACUCCGAGUAUCAAAGCGGUGCUUUAGGACCACCAACUAAGAAGAAAUUACGUACGGAAAUUGUGCAUAAAAAGUGUGUGACAACAGAUUCAAGACAAGAUUUUAAACCUAGUGAGACCCAAUCAAUUGAUAAUGAAUCACGAAGAGGUUUACCAUUACAAAUAAUUGGUGACAUCGUGAUUGAACAUGACAAUAAUCAAAUGGAAGUUAAUGAUGGAAAUCUCACUAUAGAUCAUGUACAAAAACCGAGACAAUUGAUUGAAGUUAGGUUAAAUAAAGCGCCAAAAACUUCUGCAGAACGUGGUCGAGAUUUCAGAGCACGAAAAGCACUGCUUAAACAACAAUGUAAGCAACAACAGGAACCAGAUGCAAUAGUUGAAAUUGCUAAUGAUACCUCGAAUAUAAUAACUUCGAACAUGGACAUUCUAUUACGACAUAUUCGUGAAGUUGAUAUUGGUCAGUCAUCAAUUGGUGAUAUAUGUGCUGCUCACUGUGUUUUGGACGAUGGAACAAACAUCAUAAUGAAGACUUAUGAUUUAUGGUCGAGUAGGUUCUGAAGAACUAGGAGAAAACUAUCAUACGUUGCCACUAAUCUUAGCAGGAGAUUUCAAUAUCAAUUUCGCAUCCGAAGAUGGACAACUCUUGAUAAACUUUCUACGAGAUAAAUUAGAAUUACAAAUGAAUAAUGACCGUAA